UUCUUAAGAAACAUAUGUUUCUAACUUUUAUACUGCUGAAAUUAAUACUGUCCACUGAUGCAUUCUACUAUGAUCCACAGUUAUAUGUUCCGAAGUACCGCGACUAUCUUGAAGCACAAGGUAAUUUGACAGCAGACUUGUUCAAAAAUUAUGAAAAAGAUGUCUCUCCCGUGUAUGCUUGGUUUGACACGUCAAAACCACUGGGAUAUGAUCCUGAUGCUCCACAGAGAUACAACUAUACAUUGUUCCUGUAUAAUUUGAAACUUAUACAGGUAAAUGAACCUGAAGAACAAGUUUCAGUUGUCUUGGAGUUGAUGGAGUAUUGGUAUGACCCAAGAUUAUCCUGGAAUGCAUCCGACUAUAAGAACGUGACUGCAAUUUUCACAAGACAGGAGAAGAUUUGGAGUCCAACAUUGACCCCAUUUGGAGUAAACGAAAUUAUCGAUUUCCGAGAUCAAGAUUUCCGUCUUGUGUGCAUUGAUAACUUGGGCAUGAUCUAUGAUUACUUGUCAGUCCGGGUUUCUGCAAACUGUCGAAUGGAUGUGACGAAAUUUCCCUUCGACAGCCAAACAUGCCAAAUUCGAUUUUCGUUGCCUAUAUUUAGUUAUCUUGAAGUCAAAAUUUAUACAGAGCUCUAUGAAGGAAUAAACAACUAUAGCAUGUUCGAAGUUAUGGGAAAUUCUGAAUGGGAACUUAUAAAUCUCACCAACAGAGUGGAUUUUCUUACAUACAAUGAUCGAUUUGAUGUUGAACUGGCAGUUUAUGAGAUUAAAAUUGCUAGAAACCCACUAUAUUACUUCUACAUGAUAGUUUUUCCGUCAUUCGUCAUCAAUUCCGUCUCUAUUGUUGGUGUAUUCAUUAAAGGGGCUGACAAAAUGUCAAGGCUCAAUGUUGGACUAACCAAUAUUAUGACUAUGACAUUUAUUCUUGGUGUUAUGUCGGACAAAAUUCCGCGGACUGGAAAUGUUCCUUUACUUGGAAUUUAUAUAAUUGUAAACUUACUUAUUAUGCUGGUUGCAAUUAUUAUUGUCACUAUAAUCACGGAAAUUCGAAAAUGUGUUACGCCUAAACUGAGGAAAAAUACAUCCUCGUUCAAUCUGAAAUUGGAAAUAUUUAUCGGUUCACCACUGGAAUACACGUGUGCAGUUAUUCUUGAAUUGGCAACAAUAUCUAAUUUUUUCAUGAUGAUUGGUUUUUGGAUUGAUAAUUCUUAAUACAUAUUAUCUCAAGACUUUAACUUACGAGACGCUUUUUUUUUAAAUUUGAUUUUUCACAGUAAUUCUAUUUUUUUGUUGAAUAUCACAAUGUAUAUAUGUAAAUGCUUACAAA